GGCAGCAGAGACGCGUCCAGCUUCUGACCCGCGUGUUUCACCUCGCUGCUGUGAGGAGGGAGCGCGCGGGUGUAGCCGCGGUGGCUAGCUGCGUCAGCGCGCGCAGGACACGCUGCAGGAGACAGCGGCGCGCUGAACUGGGUUAAAGGUGGAAAACGGAGAUUGUUUGGGGAUAAACGUCGUUAAGGUGGAAGUGAUGGCUCAGCAGGCGAAGGCGGGGCGGCGUUGCCUGCGGGCGUUUGUCAGCGGCUUCUUCGUCGCUGUCCCCGUCACGGUUACCGUCCUCGAUCGAUUCGCCUACGUGGCGCGAGUGGAGGGAGCGUCGAUGCAGCCCUUCCUGAACCCAGAGGGGGGGUCGGAGUGUGACGUUGUCCUGCUGAACCGGUGGAGUGUCAGGAACUACCAGGUCCAACGAGGCGACAUCGUCUCCGUCCUGUCCCCCAAGAAUCCCCAGCAGAAGAUCAUCAAGCGGGUCAUUGGCCUGGAGGGAGACUUCAUCAGGACACUGGGCUACAAGAACCGAUACGUUCGUGUUCCUGACGGUCACUUCUGGCUCGAGGGGGAUCAUCACGGACACAGUCUGGACAGCAACAGCUUCGGACCGGUGUCCGUGGGGCUGCUUCACGGUCGGGCCUCUCACAUCAUCUGGCCGCCAAAUCGUUGGCAGCAAAUCAAACCGUCUCUCCCCCCGAACCGAGGACCGCUGUACACUGAGGAAGAAGAGGGAUGAAGACACACUCACACACACUUUUUAUAACUAAUGUGUAAAUCUAAAAUGAAAUGUCUGGAAAAAUGGAGCUGAGUUUAAACCACACAUCAGAUCACUGUUAUUAUUCAUAGUCUUUUGUUCUAAAAUUUCAAUUUCAGGAGAAAAUUGUUCCACAACUGUUAAAUAAAAUGUUUGACUGUA